CCGAUCGGCUUGUCGAGAGAAGCAUACACGACCUCGGUAUUGCCGAUCGGCGCCUUGUAUGCUCUCUCCCUCUGGUUCUCCAAUUCCGCUUACAUUUAUCUUUCUGUCUCGUUCAUUCAGAUGCUGAAAGCCUUAAUGCCUGUUGCCGUCUAUUCCCUCGGCGUAGCGAUGGGAAAGGAGGGGUUCUCAUCGGAAGUGAUGCUGACCGUGAUUACGGUGUCAGAAGGGGUUGCCAUAGCUGCGAUGGGAGAGGUGACCCUUGUGGUCAUAGGACUCGUAGUGCAGCUCGCCGCCAUCGCUUGUGAGGCCACAAGGUUGGUUCUUGUAGAGUUCCUUCUGACGAAGAAAGGCUACUCCAUGAAUCCGAUUACUACCUUGUAUUACGUCGCUCCGUGUUCGUUAGGCUUCGUCCUGAUUCCAUGGCUCUUUGUCGAAUUGCCUACGUUGUUGAGGAUGUCGUCGUGGUCUCCCGACUACUUCAUCUUCACAUCCAAUGCCGCUGUUGCCUUCGCUCUCAAUCUCGCUGUGUUUCUGCUGAUUGGAAAGACGUCAGCUCUUACGAUGAACAUAGCCGGUGUGGUGAAGGACUGGAUGCUAAUCUAUUUCUCAUGGAAUCAGUUCCACGAUCCUGUGACGCGUGUCAACAUCGUCGGCUAUGGCAUCGCGUUCAUGGGGGUCUGUUACUACAACAGACUCAAGCUGGAGAAGAUGAGGGAGGAGGAGACAACGGAGGCGAGACCUGCUACGAGAUCGGGAUCGGGAUCGGGGGACGUGGAAAGAGGAGGCCUUUUGCUUACUACUAGGGCCAACUCCGCCGAGGAGGAAGAUUUGAUUGCUUCCAAAAAUUACCAAGCGAAUUGCGCGGAAGAAGUAUCGCCGGGCCGCAGAAGUAAAGGUAUUAUGACCGGCGCGACAACGAGCGAGAACGCCAUGAGGAAAGUCCAAAGCGUAGAGUAAUGCCGUGCCGCCGUUCGUCUUUUCGCCUUUCGACCUCAAUCGACAGGAUCGGUGGCGGUAUAUACCCGUCUGAGACUUUCCUGCACUGUCGG